AUGUCCCCCGGGGGCAAGUUCGACUUUGACGACGGGGGCUGCUACGUGGGGGGCUGGGAGGCGGGGCGGGCACAUGGCUACGGCGUGUGCACGGGGCCCGGCGCCCAGGGCGAGUACAGCGGCUGCUGGGCGCAGGGCUUCGAGUCACUGGGCGUCUUCACGGGGCCCGGCGGACACAGCUACCAGGGCCACUGGCAGCAGGGCAAGCGCGAAGGGCUGGGCGUGGAGCGCAAGAGCCGCUGGACGUACCGCGGCGAGUGGCUGGGCGGGCUGAAGGGGCGCAGCGGUGUGUGGGAGAGCGUGUCCGGCCUGCGCUACGCCGGCCUCUGGAAGGACGGCUUCCAGGACGGCUACGGCACCGAGACCUACUCCGACGGAGGCACCUACCAGGGCCAGUGGCAGGCUGGGAAGCGCCACGGCUACGGGGUGCGCCAGAGUGUGCCCUACCAUCAGGCGGCGCUGCUGCGCUCGCCCCGCCGCACCUCCCUGGACUCGGGCCACAGCGACCCCCCGACGCCGCCCCCGCCCCUGCCCCUGCCCGGCGACGAAGGAGGCAGCCCGGCCUCCGGCUCCCGGGGAGGCUUCGUGCUGGCCGGGCCUGGGGAUGCUGACGGCGCGGCCUGCCGAAAGCGCACCCCCGCGGCCGGCGGGUUCUUCCGCCGCUCGCUGCUGCUCAGCGGGCUCCGGGCGGGCGGGCGCCGAAGCUCCUUGGGCAGCAAGAGGGGCUCCCUGCGCAGCGAGGUGAGCAGCGAGGUGGGCAGCACGGGACCCCCGGGCUCCGAGGCCAGCGGGCCCCCGGCCCCGGCGCCGCCCGCCCUCAUCGAGGGCUCGGCCACUGAGGUGUAUGCGGGCGAAUGGCGCGCCGACCGGCGCAGCGGCUACGGCGUGAGCCAGCGCUCCAACGGGCUGCGCUACGAGGGCGAGUGGCUGGGCAACCGGCGGCACGGCUACGGGCGCACCACCCGCCCCGACGGCUCCCGCGAGGAGGGCAAGUACAAGCGCAACCGGCUGGUGCACGGGGGGCGCGUGCGCAGCCUUCUUCCUCUGGCCCUUCGGCGGGGCAAAGUCAAGGAGAAGGUGGACAGGGCCGUCGAGGGCGCCCGUCGAGCCGUGAGCACUGCCCGCCAGCUCCAGGAGAUCGCCGCUGCCAGGGCAGCAGACGCCCUUCUAAAGGCAGUGGCAGCCAGCAGCGUCGCCGAGAAGGCUGUGGAGGCAGCUCGAAUGGCCAAACUGAUAGCCCAGGACCUGCAGCCCAUGUUGGAGGCCCCAGGCCGCAGACCCAGGCAGGACUCAGAAGGUUCUGACACAGAGCCCUUGGAUGAGGACAGCCCUGGGGUAUACGAGAAUGGACUGACCCCCUCAGAGGGCUCCCCUGAACUGCCCAGCAGCCCUGCCUCCUCCCGUCAACCCUGGCGACCCACUGCCUGCCGGAGCCCACUGCCUUCUGGAGGGGACCGAGGUCCCUUCUCCAGCCCCAAAGCUUGGCCUGAGGAGUGGGGGGGCCCGGGUGAGCAGGCAGAAGAACUAGCUGGCUAUGAGGCAGAGGAUGAGGCUGGGCUGCAGGGGCCAGAGCCCAGAGAUGGCUCCCCACUCCUCGGAGGCUGCAGCGACAGUUCCGGAAGUCUUCGAGAGGAGGAAGGGGAGGAUGAAGAGCCCUUGCUCCAGAUGAGGACCCCAGGGCGCUCGGAGCCGGAGCCCACAGCCUUGCCAGUCCUGAGGGGCCUGUCCUCGAGGGGUCCUGAAGCCGGGUGCCUGAUGGAAGAGGCUGAGGAGGCUGCUGCAUCCGAGAGGCCCGCCCAGCCGGGAGCUGCCAACCCGUUGGUGGUGGGAGCCGUGGCCCUUCUGGACCUCAGCCUGGCAUUCCUGUUCUCCCAGCUCCUCACCUGA